AUGCAGAAAAAAGGCUUUAAUGGGCACAGAGUUGAACGAGGCAAAGGAGGUCAAUUGAUUUGGACUUGGAAUGAUCCUAGUGAGCAACUAGUUGAGCAUGACGUACGUGAGAUUCGUACUGGGAAAAGCAUUAAAAAGAUGUUUUGGGCCGCAUUUCGAUAUAAUAUGCGUACAAGCUUAGUUCCAUUAACCUCGGAUGGAUCAUCUCGUGGAGGAGGUAUCACUGCGACAGUUAUACGCCAAGCCUCAUAG